AUGCUUUUAGCAAUAGAGCAUCCAAUACAUCCAAGUAAAAAGCAAACAACAGCAAAAAUCACACAUUUCCUUCUACCAAUGAUAUCAGAGAAUGAUCCAUACAAGGGCUGGAAGGCUGUAGAAGUAAUCAAAUAUGAAGUUGUAAUCCAAGAUGCUAAAUUCAUAGCUCCAAAUUCAUUGCCUAUAGUAGUAUAUAUCGAAGCAGCUACGGUACCAUCAAAUCCAGAAAGAAACACGUUUGUAAGCAAAGAUAAUUCAAUCCAGAGGAAGUUAUCUACCAGUGAAAAUAUAUAA